GCUCCUCUACGACUCCUUCAUCACAGGCUCGUUGCAACCUGCAAGGCAAAGAGGAGAGAAAAAUGGCGGCCUUCCAGUUUUGCCCCUGUGCUCAGCAAGUGCACCAGCCAAAGCUUCUCCUGCCUCCAAGUUUAGCCCCAACAAGAGCCUCCACCAAGAUCCCCAUGUUUACACCACAUAACAAUCUUCUGUCUGCUAAAUUUAGUGGUAAACCCAUCCCUGCUAAAUUUAAUGGUUCUCACCUAAAGUCCCAGAUAAGGGCUUGUGCCAAUCCAGAUAGCAAGGGAUCUAAGGAAGAGGGCCUUAGGAUUGGGAUAGUUGGGUUUGGAAAUUUUGGGCAAUUCAUGGCUAAGGCAUUGAUAAGGCAAGGUCACAGUGUUUUGGCUACAUCUAGAUCUGAUUAUUCACAGUACUGUGAGAAACAUGGGAUUGAAUACUAUAGUAAGAUGGAGGAAAUGUGUGAGCAACAACCAGAUGUGGUGCUGGUCUGCACUUCCAUUCUCUCGGCCGAAAACAUCCUCAGAAGCAUCCCUGUUCACAAGCUCAAACCAGAUACCAUCUUUGCUGAUGUUCUCUCAGUUAAACAAUUCCCUAAGAAUCUCUUCUUAGAGAUCUUACCACCUGAAUUUGGGAUCAUAUGCACUCAUCCCAUGUUUGGCCCUGAGAGUGGGAAGAAUGGGUGGUCGGGUUUACCAUUCGUCUAUGAUAAUGUUCGCAUUGCGCAAGGAACUGAGCAAGAAAAGAGUUGUGCCAAAUUCUUGAGCAUAUUUGAGAAUGAGGGCUGUCGAAUGGUCGAAAUGUCAUGCGAAGAGCAUGACCGCCAUGCAGCUGGUAGUCAAUUCAUUACACACACCAUAGGAAGGAUUUUAUCUCAUCUCGACCUAGAAUCUACACCCAUCAAUACUCGAGGUUAUGAGACUCUCCUGCAACUGACUGAGAACACAGUCAGUGACAGCUUUGAUCUCUACUAUGGGCUUUUCAUGUACAAUGUCAAUGCAACUGAGCAGAUCGAAAAUCUCGACAGAGCAUUUGAAACAGUGAAGCAAAAGCUGUUUGGAAGGCUCCAUGAUAUAUUGAGGAAGCAAAUUAUAGAGAGAGUGCCUCAUCAAGGUGUCCCAAGCAUUAGAGACACCACCAAGACCCCUUAUUUCCUACCAAAAAGGGAAGAGAUGAGGGAUCUGUCUUCCUUUGCCAUGCCCCCUCAAAAGGAAGAGCUUCCCCAAAAGACUGAAGUUUUGGGUAGAUAGACAAAAUUUUGACAGAGAAAAAUGCCGGUUUUAGUUUUGUAUGUACAAGGAUUCUAUUGUCCAUUAUCAUGUUCAUUCGAGCCUUAUCUUGGGGUCAGGGUUCUUGCGCCUACCCCACGUCCCCUAUUUUCUAAUUUGUCCCCUAUUUCUAAUUUGUUUAUUAUUUUUUGGUGGACAUAGCCAGAAAAAAGGUUCUCACUGUGAUUAAAUUUCAUUUCAUUUUUUUUUUUACUUUUAUUUCAUGUAUUCCCCAAUGUAAUAUAAUUAUGAGAAAUUCCGGAGAAAUAAAGAUAUGGGAAUUUUGCUAUA